CAUUCUAGUUAUUACGCAAGUCAAAAGAAGACAUUAGAAAUCAACCCCAAACAUCCUCUCAUCAAGGAGAUGUUGAACAGAGUUAAAGAAGAUGCCGAGGAUCAGACAGCUGCAGAUUUAGCCGUGGUGCUCUUUGAAACUGCCACACUGCGAUCCGGCUACCAACUCGCAGACACCAAAGCAUACGGAGACAGAAUAGAGCGUAUGCUGCGGCUCAGCAUGAACGUAGACCUCGACGAACAGGUAGAGGAAGAGCCAGAAGAGGAACCAGAAGAACAGACAGAAGAAGCAGAGGAUGAGGAGGAGGUCCAGGCAGAUGAAGAGGCAGAAGAAGAAUCGGUGAGUGUGGAAAUGUUCACUUACUCACCCUCAUGUUGUUCCAAAUCCAUAUUUAAUUAAUGAAAUUCA